UUUCGUGUACUGAGUGAAGACCUACAUUUUAGCACGUCGAACAUUGCAAGGGUAAAAUAAAAGUUUUAAACUGUACGUUAGUUUACGUUAUAGGCUACCUGUUUAGAACUUGGUUUUCUUUAGGCCUCUCUCCGAGAGGGAGAGAGACAGGAGAUAGUAUAUCUCGAUCUAGGAAAAAAAGACAGUAAAACUGGGCAGCAAACUUAUGGCAAGUUUAAAUAACGGAACACCAACUCAUCCAGGGCAACCUACCGAAGUGCACGGCAAAAAGUCAUCAGGAUGGAAAAUCAACAAGAAGUUAUUGCCGCUCAAGAUUUUUUAUUUCUUUUUUUACGGGGCUUCCGGGUCUGUGAUUCCAUUUGUCAGUGUCUACCUAAAACAUCUUCGACUCAAUGUGGCUGAGGCCGGCCUCAUCACCGGAAGUGCCGUCUUGCUGGCCAUGUGCGUGAGGCCACUCUUCGGUAUGGCUGCUGACAGAUUCGGAGCGUGGAAGACACUGCUCGCGUUAUGUAACUUUGGCUUUGGGAUAGCGUAUUUCUGUAUGAUAUUUGUGCCAGUGAGGUUCCAAGCCUUUGGUGCCAGGAACGAAUCCCUGCCGGACGCUAAUGCGUCGAUAUUUCAUCAAGAGCCAUGGAGCCAUAUCUGGACUUGUUAUUCUGCUGAAGGAGCCGUGAUCUGCAGUUACCCGCAACAUCUAGACCAUAAAAAGUGUCACGUUUAUGAAAAUGACGUCACUUCAGUAGAAGAAACGGGUUUUCAAAGUUUUAAUGCUUCAAAUAAAAUUUUCCGUCAAGGUAAAAACAUUUCAGCAAACGAUCAUUAUAUUGGACUUAUGGGUAGUAGUGUUUCCUCCGCUGAAAGCUCAGAGUUAAAUUUAAGCUCAGAUGGUAAAUCUAUGUACCAAAAACAAGCCGAUGAAAAAGAAAUGUCAACGUAUUGUUUUUAUUUGAACUCUGAUACAAGCGUAACACCAGAUUUUUCAGGUAAUCAUUUAUUGGACAAAGAGACGCUCAAAACUACACCGGAAAUACCAACCGAUAAAAACACAAACAAUAUAUUGUCGUCUGGUAAAAGAAAAAACUAUAACAGAACUAACAAUAUGGUUCGACGCAGCUAUCCAGUUUGGUGUCUACCCAACUGUACCAAGUAUAUUUUAAAAUACAUGACGGGAACUCCAGAAACGGAACUUUUUACCACGACGAAAAAUCCAUUUAUUGAAAAUUCCGGUAACUAUGGAAGCAUUGUUCACGAUUUUGCUUUUGUAAUUUCGUUUCUUUUAAUAACGAUUGCACGUUCGUUCUAUGCUGCAUCAUCCAGUCUGGCAGAUGCAGUUACCUACACAGUCCUGGGACCCCGGUCCCAUCGAUGGGGUCAGCAGCGGCUUUGGGGGACGCUGGGAACGGCCCUGGCGGUGCUGGCGACCAUGGUCCUUAACGAUAGGCUCAAGGGAGACAACUUUUCUGCCCUUUUCGCAGUAUGUUUAGGGUUAUCUGUUUUUGCCUCUGUGAUCACCGGAACUACAAUGAAAGCACAAAAGAUACCGGAGAAAAGAAAACUCUGCUCUGACGUCACAAAGGUCCUAUCCAAUAGCAGCGUUCGUCUCUUCCUGGCCAAACUGUUGUUCUUUGGGAUCAUGUGUGGGACAGUGAACAACUUCUUCCUGUGGUUUUUGGUUGACCUGGGUGCCGACCAGACGAUUCUCGGCCUCGUUGUCAUGACGCACUGUCUGUCGUCUGUCAGCACGCUGGGGAACACUGGACGCAUACUGAAGCGUAUUGGGCCGAACAACACCAUGUAUGUGGCUUUGGUGGCCUACGUCAUACGCUACUUCACGUUCUCGCUGCUUACGUCACCGUGGGCGGCACUUCCGGUGGAGCUGCUUCACGGGUUGACCUACUCCAUGUUUUGGGCGGCGGCUUCUUCCACUGCGAGCCGGGCGGCGCCGCCCGGGACACAGGGGACGUGCCAGGGGAUCGCUGGUGCUGUGUACUGGGACCUGGGACGUGGACUUGGUUCGCUCAUCACUGGUCAAAUUUUGGACACUCUCGGCCCUAGGUGGACAUUCCGGGGCUACAGCGUGAUUUGCGCUGCGCUUUUGCCGCUAUUCGUGAUAGCUGAUCAUAUAUGGCCCAACAGGAAGUUCAGGACCAGGGAAACGCUGGCAGUCAAAAACUUAGAUGAAGAGAAAACUAUAAAUAGCACACAGAUUUAAAUGU